ACCAUUGAUUUAUCAGGUUUCUUCAUAAGGUUUCUUCGUCGGGUUCGGAUUGGUGGCAGACAAUGACUAUCCCUUUCCAGCCUAGCUGCGGUAUAACCAAUUUGGAACAUAAGAAAAAGAUGCGCCGCCCGCGGUGGCUACGAUGGCACAAGACUUUAGCGGUUUUGAGGCUUGGGGUGCCUGAAGACGAAAGGUUUCAUCUUGCAACAAAGAACGACGAGAGGGGAAAUGAGCACAUUUGGGGAGUGUGUGGUAUGAAAGGAGAGUUUGAGGCUGCUAUCGGAAAUGAUGACUUGCUUCUGAAAAGGAAUCUAUUGAUUCUCUUUCCAAUUGGUCGUGUUGGAGGUUUGAUGAUUUGCUUCAUGGGAAAAGCACAGGUUUAACUCCAGUAUCUCCCAGCAGCUGCUCCAAGAACCAUUUGACUCCUUCAUGCAUGCUUCACCAGGAUCCUGAAAUGGCAGAGGAGGCUUGUUAAGUUAAUAUGUCAAACCAGAUAAAGUUAGACCGAAACCCCUCCAUCAGGGCAUGCUUCCCAGAAAGAUUCUCUGGCCGUCUUGAUGAGAAUAACUCUCGAAGGAGUUAUACCCCAUCCACAACUGGGAGCCAACCAACCUCUCGGAAUAGUCUUAAUGCUUCUCAGGACCUGCAUAACAUCAAGUACUCACCCCAUGCACAAACACAAAGCACAAUUGCUGAACAUGUAGCUGCUGCUAUGGUACAGCCAGACCUGGUGCCUGUGGUUACAAAGCUAGCCUCAUCAUAUCAGUCUGUCUCAGCCCAUACCAGUGAUGUCACUAGCAAAGAUGCUAAUAGUGCUUCACUACCACUGCCUGUCCCAGUGCUGGACAAAUUUAUUGCUGAACCAUCACUUACUCCUCUACCAAUGUUACCCACAGCUGGGAAUAGGACAUCGACACGGCUUACCUUAUAUGCACCCUUAUACCAAGCUGCACUAAAAGGUGAUUGGGGAAAGGCUAAAGAAUUCUUAAACAUGCAUCCUGGUGCCUUAAAUGUCAGGAUCACCAAGGGUUGGGAUACGGUUCUUCAUGUUGCUGCUGGGGCUAAACACACAGGGUUUGUGGAGGAGGUGAUCAAAAUGUUGAGUCCUGUAGAUUUAGAACUAAGGAACAAUGACCACAAUACAGUACUUUGUAUUGCUGCUGCAUCAGGAAUCACUAAGAUUGCAGAAUUGAUGGUCAAUAAGAACAAAUAUCUGCCAGGGAUGAGGGGAAAUAAGGGAGUGACACCUCUCUAUAUUGCUGCAUUGUUUGGGCACAGAGACAUGGUUUGGUAUCUGUACAAGUUGACUGCUGAUGAUGAUCUAACUCAAGAAGAUUAUAUUGGCCUGCUUAUUGCCGCCAUUAGUACCGAUUUAUUUGAUGUAGCUCUGUGUGUAAUUCAGCGCCAUCCAGAAUUGGCCAUUAUUCGAGAUCAAAAUGGAGACACAGCACUUCAUGUUUUAGCUCGGAAGCCUUUAGCAUUUACCGGGAAAAGAGAGUUAGGAAUCUGGGGAAAGUUCAUCUACCCAUGGAUCUGCGUGGAGCCACUGGUUCAAUCAAGCUACCCUUCAAGUAUCUCAGAAAGCUGCAUCCAUCAAGUGUUUCUCAGCUUAACUGGAAAACUUCAGCGUACAUUGGAGAUAAUAGUCCCAGGAUAUGAGUUAGUUCAUGAGAAAAAGCUACUGUAUGUGCGAGCUGUUAACCUUGUGAAGCUGUUAUGGGAACAAAUACUGUCAUUGGAAGAUGCACAAAUUGCAGAUAUACUAAGAAGUCCUACACAGCCACUAUUUGUUGCAGCAGAAUUUGGAAUUAUUGAGCUCAUAACAGAGCUUAUUCAGACUUAUCCUGAUUUGAUCUGGAAAGUCGACAAGGAUAGCAGAAGCAUUUUCCAUAUUGCUGUUUUUCAUCGCCAAGAGAAAAUAUUCAAUCUCAUUCAUGAUCUAGGAGCUCAUAAGGAUAUGAUCACUUCUUAUAAAGACAAAAACAAUUGCAACAUACUGCAUUUGGCUGGAAAGAUAGCACCUCCCAAUCGACUUAAUAUUGUGUCUGGUGCAGCUCUUCAAAUGCAACGAGAACUCUUGUGGUUCAAGGAAGUAGAGAAGAAUGUACAACCAUUAUACAGGGAAAUGAGAGACAAUGAUGGUAGAACACCUCUAAUGUUAUUCACCGAAGAGCAUGCAAAACUAGUCAAGGAAGGAGAGAAGUGGAUGAAGAACACCGCCUCAUCCUGCAUGCUUGUUGCCACACUCAUCACCACAGUGAUGUUUGCUGCAGUCUUUACUGUACCAGGAGGCAAUGACAACAAAAAUGGCACACCCGUAUUCAUUGAAGCGAAGUCUUUUCUAAUCUUUGCCAUAUCAGAUGCAUUUGCGCUAUUUUCUUCAGUCACCUCCAUUUUAAUGUUCUUGUCCAUUCUCACAUCACGCUACACGGAAGAAGAUUUCCUCAAGUCUUUGCCCCAGAGGCUGAUUAUAGGUCUUGCUGCACUUUUCUUCUCUAUAGUCUCCAUGCUUGUAGCAUUUGGUGCAACCUUUUUCAUAGUCCUCGGGCAGAGACUGGCAUGGAUCUCUGUUCCGGUAGCUCUAAUUGCUUGUAUCCCUGUAACCUUGUUUGCCUUCUUACAGUUUCCCCUUCUUACCGAUAUGAUCCAAUCCUCAUAUGGUGCUGGCAUUUUUUCCUGAUAAUUAUUAUCAUAACAUUUUCAGAUAACAAGUGGGAUUUUUGUAUUGGUUUAUUUCUUGACAGCACAGUCAGAUAAUAAAAUGAAAAUGAUAUA